AUGAGCACCCGCUUUCUACACGCCAUGGCAAACCACCCAGUAGGAAUGGAGGAGGAGUCGACCUUGCUCUCGAGCAUCCGGCACCGCAGAGGCUGGAAUCUCGAGCCCAUCUCAGUGCAUGACGAGGAAGGGCUGGAAGAGCGAGCAUGCGAUAUGGAGCUGGAGGACGAGUGCAGUCAUCGCGCAGUCGAGUGGGAGGAUGGCAUGCACAACAGCUCGGGGUACGAGUUCACUCCUAGCACCAUCAACUCCGCAAGGGCCCCCGACCCCCAAGAGGCAUGUAUCAACGAGGAGGAAGAGGACGCAUUUUGCUGCGAGCGCCUCGUAAAGAGGAGGAGGACGGAGUGCUCAGUGCAGAUGGGAGAUGAGGGGGUCGUUGAUGAGACCUGGGCUGCCAUGCGAAAUGCAUGGCGCUUGCAGGGGAUUUCUGCUUGCUCGCAGUUGAAUUCGGCAGGUGAUAAACAGCAGUUCAGCGCGCCAUCUUAA